AUGGGAGAUUCCCUCAGUCACAACGUCUUCAACUCCACUGAUGGAUCCAACAGAACCAGUAACAGUUCUGAUGAGAACCAGGUCUUGUACGCGGUAAAUUGUAUCACUAUUGUCAUUGGAUUCCCUUUGACUCUGGUGGCCAUGUUUGCUGUUUUAUUAAAGGUGAAAGAAGAUAAUGUUGCUCCAGUUUAUAUCUUCAACCUUCUGCUUUCUGAUGUCAUCCAGUACUGCAGCAGAGUUCCUAUAAUAUCUCGUACUUCUAAUGAGUCGUCUUUUUGUGCCUUCGAUUUUGCCAUUACAGCCAGCAUUGGAUUCAUGAUGUGUGUCUCCCUGGAAAGGUAUCUGGCCAUUUCCAAGCCGCUGUGGUACAGAUUUAGACGAAACAUCAGGACAUCUGUGUUGGUCUGUGUCAUGAUCUGGAUCCUUUCUUUGUUUUAUAAUCUUAGCCUGUAUCUCCUUUUGGAGUUUCAUACUGUAAAAGUCAUCCAGGCUGCUGGUCUCCUCCUCCCUCUGCUCUUGUUCAUCUUCUGCCUGGUCGGGACCAUUAAAGUUCUGUCUGAAGCUCGCAGUGUCUCUGCUGAUGAAAAACAGCGAAUUGUUUCCAUCCUGGUUGUGGUUUUGUUAAUAUAUGUUCUGCUUUUCAUCCCCAACAUGAUGUAUUAUCUGUUGAAAAACAACUGUGAAAAUUCAAUCUUCUGGACUGUGGUUACGAUUGGACUUUUUCUCAGUCCUCUUGCAGACUCGUCUUUGUAUAUUUUUCUGAGGAAAGCUGCAUUUAACCAGCUUGGGACCUCAUUGUGUUGCGUAAAGUCUGAGAAUAAAGAGAUCAACAUGUCAGCUUUUUGA